AUGUCACAAUCUCCAUCAGCCUCUGGUGCGAUGGGAAUUGGCAGUGUGCUGAACAAUAAAGGUGCCGCCGCCGCCCAAGCUCUCCAACAAGCCGGAGCCAUGCCUGUCGACCAGCAAGUCCAGCAGCAGCUUCAGCAGCAAGUUCAACAGGUCCAACAGGUCCAACAGCAAGUCCAGCAGCAGGCCCAACAGGUCCAGCAGGCUCAACAGCUUCAACAGGCCCAGCAACCGCUUCAACAAGUUCAGCAGCAGCAGCAACACCAACAAGGUCAGACCAUUCCACAGCAGGUUCCCAUGAACAGACCAAACUCGCCGCAUGGUUCCGAGAAUUCGGGAUACACAUAUCCCUCCCCAACCGCGAUCGGGGGCGCGCCAUUGCCGCCCGCGAACAUGGCCCCUGCGCCCAUGGGCAUUCCCAUGCAACAAACCAUGCAGCAGCCCAUGCCACAGUCCAUGAUUCCUGUCAUGCACCCCGGGUUCAAGACCGAACCUACUCCCGCUCCUCAGCAACCGCCCCCAAAGGCGUACCCCUGCCAGACGUGUGGGAAGGGCUUUGCCAGGCGGAGCGAUCUUGCGCGCCAUGAGCGCAUCCACAGCGGAAUCCGUCCCCACGUUUGCGAUUACCCGGGAUGUGGGAAACAGUUCAUCCAGCGAUCUGCCCUGACCGUCCACCAACGUGUGCAUACCGGCGAGAAACCCCACCAGUGCGAGCGUUGCGGAAAGCCCUUCAGUGACAGCAGCUCUCUCGCGCGUCAUCGUCGAAUUCACUCGGGGAAGCGGCCAUACAAGUGCCCUUAUGUUGACUGCCAAAAGACCUUUACGCGCCGUACAACCUUGACCAGGCAUCAGAACCACCACACCGGGACAGUGGAAGACUCGCAGCGGGCUCGCAACGAGGCUCUGGCGCAAGGCUCCAACACCGCCUUGGCCGCCGCUGCUAUUAGGAACAAGCGCGGGGAUAGCGAACAGGCGUCCAACCAGGAGUCGCCCAUCACGACACCCUCUCCCGCUCAGCGUCCCAUGUCCAUGUCUCCCAACGAAGAUCUCGCCAACAUUAACAACAUGCAGCAGUAUCUGACCAACACCUCGCUCCCACCGCACAUUCGUGGUGAUGUCCACGGAGGAAGUCCCGUUUCUACUGCCUCCUCUGGUUACAAUAACGGGAUGCGUCCCACCUCGCACCCAAGCGGCGGGUAUGCUCCCCCCCCGCCUUUGGAGCCCAGUCUCGAUCAGUUUCAGCAAGGCCCCGGUAGCGCGAGUGGCAGCCCUCACAUUGGCAGUGUCGGCUGGGCUUCCCCCGGUCCUGUUGGGUCCCCUACCGAGAGCCACGGCCAGGGUGCGUCGGUCUAUCCGGACCCCGAACCAUCGUAUCAGAACACGGCUCAGAUGGGCCAGAUAUACUAUGCCAGCGCUGCGACACAGGGUCGUCGGCCCGGGAGCACGGAGCCAGGACAGCGGCCAAGUGAGAUGUGGACGGGUCAGUAG